ACCACACAAACCCUUAUAAGUACCAAAUCGACCCCGGAUCGGAUCUCCUGCAUGCCCGGCCUAUUGAAAUCCCAAACUAGUUACAAUGGCCGGCGUUACCACUACUACAAAACAAGCUCCUAAGACAGAUUAUCAACGCCAUUGGAUGUUCGCAGAUUCCGAUGAUAAAGCAAUGUUGAAGCAAAUUGAGGAAACCCAGUUUCCUGAUAGUCGUGAGUUUGAUGUCAAGCCCAUUAUCCAAAUCAUCGAGGACAUCUUGCGCCGUGCCACUCUUAGUUUUGAUGGCGUUCCAAAAGGCACACAAGAACAUGUCGAUAGGGUCGAGGACAAGAUUCUUCUGGCUGAGUUUGAUCUCCUUUUUGAACAAUUGGCUCAAGUUUUACAUAAGAUUUCCUGCGAGAUAUCAUGCAAGGUGUUCUCAGGUGGCGGAGAUGCACAUACAACAAUCAUGACGUUGCUCCACACCCUCUCGAUCUAUUCAUGGGAUGCAAAACUGGUUCUAACCAUGGCUGCUUUUGCUGUAAAUUAUGGGGAAUUCUCACUCAUUUCUCAACUUCGCUCCACAAAUUUACUUGCCAAGUCCGUGGCUUUCCUUAAGCAACUGCCCGACAUCAAACAGCAUUCAAAGUCUCUAAAACCACACUUUGAGGCACUUAGUAAACUCAUCGAGGUCAUAAUUGAUGUAACUAAGUGCAUUGUCGAGAUCAAGGAACUCCCAUCUCAGUAUAUCUCAGAUGACAAGCCACCUUUGUCAAGUGCCAAGUCUUAUAUCCCUACUACAGCCUAUUGGACAAUUCGAGGCAUUCUUGCUUGCUCCACACAGAUUGCAAGCCUCAUAGGCCGUACUUUGGGCCAUGAGUACACUGUAUCAAGCACAGAGGCAUGGGAACUAUCAAGCUUGGCGCAUCAGAUCAACGCUAGACACCAGCAGCUCAAGGACCUACUCACUCUCUGCCAUCAACAAAUAGAUGAGAAAAUGCGUCAGGAAAGAAUAGGAAUUCUCAUACGCAAUACUAAAACUCCACAGCUGGACAACAUGAAAAUUCUCAAGGAAUUGCUGUACCCCAGUGAAGAGCUGGUGAUUGGCACGACCAAGAAAAAGGUAAAUAUUGAAGUACUAAGGAGAAAGCACGUGAUACUCCUCAUAUCCGGGCUUGAUAUCCACCAGGAUGAAAUUAUAAUUCUCAGUCAUUGUCAAGCUGAGUUAGCUGACCCGUUGGUGAGGCAAGGUCAGGAGAAGCAUUACGAAAUGGUGUGGCUCCCAAUUGUGGACAAUGUUGCAAAAGACCAAUAUUCCCCUGAGGAGAAUCGUCGUGAUUUUGAGCGUCUGCAGGCAAUGAUGAUAUGGUAUACAGUGCUCGAUCCUUUUGCCAUCGAACCAGCAGUCAUUGAGUUUGUCAAGAACAUCUGGCAUUUUGAGAAAAGGCCAAUUGCAGUUUCUUUGGAUCCACAAGGAAGGGUGGCCUCCGAGAAUGCACUUCCCAUGAUGUGGAUUUGGGGGAAUCUUCCCUUCCCUUUCAGUAAGGAGAGAGAGGAAGCUUUAUGGAAGUCAGCGUAUGCUACUUGGAGACUUGAGCUACUUGUUGAUUCCAUUGAUCCAAGGAUAAUAAACUGGAUGACAAAAGAGAAUACUUUCAUAUGCUUGUAUGGAGGUGAUGACAUUGAGUGGAUCCGGAAAUUCACAACAGAAGCAAAAGCUGUUGCCAAGAAUGCUCAAAUCACUCUAGAACUGUUUUAUGUGGGAAAGAGCCAUGUAGCAAGGGAGAGGAUGAGGAAAAUCACUGAAAUAAUCGCCAAAGAUCAGCUUAGUGAUUGCUGGACAGGAACAGAACUGACAUAUCAGUGGUACUUUUGGGUAAGGCUGGAGAGCAUGUUGUACUCAAAACUACAGAGUAACCAGACAGCCGAGAAUGAUGCGGUAAUGAAGGAGCUCACGACUGUGUAUAGCUUCAAUGGUGGGGAGCAAGGAUGGGCAGUAGUGUGCAGAUCAUUAAGUGAUGAAAUGGCGACAGGGAAUGGAGAGAUUGUUCUGAAAAGCCUGCAAGAGUUCGAAAAAUGGAAAGAAGAGGCUGCGAAUAAUCGGUUUGUGCAAGCACUCAGAGAAUAUAUGGAGAAACUUCACACACCAGAACACUGCACCCGCCUCAUCCUUCCUGGGACGACAAGUACUUGGGGCCUCCCUCCAGAUACGAAGGUCGUUUGUGCAGUUUGUCUCCGUCCUAUGGAGAGGUACUUGUUGUACCGCUGCUGUACCGAUUAGGUCACGUACGUGCAUGGUUGACUUCAUGAGCAUGCAUACGUACGUACGUAAGUAAAAUGAUUCAUGACCCGGCCCCUACCAGAUCCGAAAAUAAAGCUCAUUCAGUGUUUUUUUACAU